AUGUCUGCUCCUCCGCCCGUCACCGCCCCUCCGCAGUCCGACUACGGGCGUCUUUUUAACAUCACGCUCGACGCGCCCGCCGCCCCCGUUCCACGCGUAUACUACCCCCUCUCACAGUCUGACCCACCCGAAGGCCUCGAGCUCCACCCCCUCGCCGUGAGCGGCGAGGCGGGCGAGCGCGUCAACCUCGCAAUCUUCGCCGAUGGGUACACUGCGUCCGACCGCGAGACCUUUCUCACCGACGCGCGCGCUCUCGCAGCCGACAUUGUGUCAGGUGACAGCGCGAUGGCGCACGUCGCCGAUCUCUUGAAUGUUUGGGGCAUUUUCGCGCCCUCCGCUUCUCCCGGAAUCGGGAUAGACGAGCCGCUUCCAGGCGCGCCGUUCGGACUAUAUAGGCCUGGGCGUGAGCUGCGCGCCGUGUAUGUGGGGCAUCCGGGGCGUGCGCACGCCGCCUGUGCAAAGUUUAAGGAGUGUGAUCAGCCCGUGUUGCUGGGAAACGACGGGUUGUACGGAGGGUUGGGAGGGACUUUCACCAUCAUCACCGCUUCUCAACGUAACGGGCCGCUUGUCCUCCGCCAUGAGCUGGGACAUAGCCUCAUACCCGUCGGCGAAGAGUAUGAGGGUGGAUUCGUGUAUUCCGGUGUAAACGCCGACGCAGUGGAGAACGUGCACAAACUCAAGUGGAAGAGGUUCUUGUCCGAUCCGGAGCAUGUGAGGGUCGAGGAUGCCAAGGUCCCAUUGCAAGCAUAUCCGUGGCACGAUCUCGACGAGGGCAAGUACGUCGUCCGGUUCGAAGGAAGCAACAGGAAGAGGGACAAGAGGAGAUACACCUCUGCCCGCCUCCGCCUGUCCCUCUCCUCAAUUCCGUACGCGUCGCACGUGCGCCUCACCCUUAACGGGGUAGUGGUAGACCUCUCGCCGCAGUUCGCGGAGGACUGGGACGGCGUGCUCGAUCGGCGGUGGGUCCACCUGCCCCUGCCAGAUGGCCUCCCCGCUGGCAAGGUGAGGGUUGAGGUGGCUCUUACGAACGAGGGGAGGAGGGCGAAGGCGGGGCAGGGCGGCAAGAUGCUCUCAUCUAUCGAGAUCGCUGAGUACGCCGAAGAUUUCCAAGCCGAACCUGGGUUCGUGGGCGCUUUCCCGACAUACGACGAGAAUGGAGACGUGAGCCUACGCCCGACGAACGAGGACUGCCUGAUGCGUAACGUCAACCAGCCCCAUUUCUGCGUCGUAUGUGCGCACGGACUGAGGGCAAGUCUCAAGCGGCGGAUAGCCCGGAAGAAGGGCACCGAGGCCGCCGUGGGAGUAUGA